AAGGCCCAAAUGAAAGCCGACAUCCUAUUAAACACCCUGGAUUUGCUAUCGCUCUCUUCUUUCUCUGCUGUGGACUCUUCGGCGGAUCAUCGAUAGCAGCUUUGCUAACCCUCUGUGGUCAGCCUUACAUCUCUCGCCCUCCUUUGUUGAUUCAUAUUCCUCGGCUUAUUGUUUCUGCUAAUAAUUUCUCGUCCAAGUUUCUGGAACAACUAGGAACGAGUUGGGUCAGUCAUGGCCAAGCACCAUCCCGAUUUGAUCAUGUGCCGGAAGCAGCCAGGUAUUGCUAUAGGACGACUAUGUGAGAAGUGUGAUGGCAAGUGUGUUAUCUGUGAUUCCUAUGUUCGUCCUUGCACGCUGGUGCGGGUUUGUGACGAAUGCAACUACGGUUCUUUUCAGGGUAGGUGUGUUAUCUGUGGAGGAGUGGGAAUAUCUGAUGCAUAUUACUGUAAGGAGUGUACCCAGCAAGAGAAAGAUCGGGAUGGUUGUCCCAAAAUUGUUAAUCUUGGGAGUGCUAAAACUGACUUGUUUUAUGAGCGUAAAAAAUAUGGUUUUAAGAAAAGAUGAUUGCUGGGUCGUAUUAUCUUUAGUGAUUUGGUUUUACUGGAGUUUACGUAGCUUGAAUGACAGAUUUUAAAAUGUUGGAAUUUUAGCUAGACUUCAGGUCUUGAGUUUGUUGUCUGUUAAAGAUGUUUUCUUCGAGAACUAUAAUUUAAUUGUUCCAGGGGCCUGAUUUAUGUUAUAUCUGUUAUGGAAAUAGCUAUUCGUAUUGCU